AUGGUUUGUUUAAAGUGCUGGAGGGAAGGGAUAAUGCAUAUCCUUUCCCAUCCGGAAAAAGAAGCCACCAUGAGUAACGUCACGGUCACAGACAACACUGAACCCAUCGGCCACACCAUGAGCCCGGCCACCCCCAGCCCGUACUCCUACCCUGUCAGCUUCCAAGUCUCUCUGACAGGAUUUCUUAUGUUGGAGAUUAUCUUGGGCUUGAGCUCCAACCUCACUGUGCUGGCGCUCUACUGUAUGAAGUCCAACUUGAUCAGCUCAGUCAGUAACAUAGUCACUAUGAAUCUCCAUGUGCUGGACGUCUUGAUUUGCCUGUGCUGCAUUCCACUCACCAUCGUGGUGGUGCUGCUUUCUCUGGAGGGGGACACUGCCCUGGUCUGCUGCUUCCACGAGGCCUGUGUCUCCUUUGCUAGUGUUGCCACUGCUGCAAAUGUGCUCGCCAUUACACUGGACCGCUAUGACAUCUCUGUUAAACCGGCCAACCGGGUGCUGACUAUGGGCCGGGCUUUGACCUUGCUGUCUGCCAUUUGGGUGCUAUCUUUUGUCAGUUUUCUCGUUCCCUUUAUUGAGGUGGGUUUCUUUGCCCAGGGUCAUGCAGACCUCAACCAGACAGUUGUGGAGAAUGUAGUGCAUUCAAACCAGUACUACACUGAACUGGGACUAUAUUACCACCUGCUGGCCCAAAUACCCAUUUUCUUCUUCACUGCAGUUGUGAUGCUCAUCACCUACUCCAAGAUCCUGCAAGCGCUCAACAUCCGAAUUGGCACUCGCUUCCACAACUCACAAAAGAAGAAGGCAAAAAGGAAAAAGCGGCCCUCCAUGACAGCCAUGACGCCACAGCAGGAGGCCACAGACGGGUCUCAGAGCAGUGGCAGCCGUAACCCCACUCUGGGAAUGCGGACCUCGGUGUCUGUCAUAAUCGCAUUGCGUCGAGCUGUGAAAAGACAUAGAGAGCGCAGGGAGCGACAAAAGAGAGUUUUCAGAAUGUCCCUGCUGAUUGUGUCCACAUUCCUGCUGUGCUGGACACCCAUUACAGUGCUAAACACAGUCAUCCUGAGUAUGGGCCCGAGUGACCUCAUGGUCAAACUCAGACUAGGCUUCCUGGUCAUGGCCUACGGAACUACUAUCUUUCAUCCAUUACUGUAUGCCUUCACCAGACAGAAGUUCCAGAAAGUUUUGAAAAGCAAAAUGAAGAAGAGAGUAGUGUCCAUCAUUGAAGCAGAUCCUACUCCAAACAAUGCCAUCAUCCACAACUCAUGGAUAGAUCCAAAAAGGAACAAGAAGGUGACAUUUGAUGACAAAGAUGCCCGACAAAAGUGUCUGUCUUCUGAGGAUGUGGAGUGA